ACUUUCUGCGGGACGGUUCCUUAUUCUGUGAUGGAGGAUUCACACAGGACGGAUUGGAUGCUACGUUAAAGACUGCGAACCAGUGCAGAGGUACAUCUCUGUAGAGGAGCGUGGGUUAAUGAGACUGAAUGGAUCCUCAGAGAGCGAUGCUGGGAAAUAUACCUGCAUGGUAGACGUCACCUUCAACGGCAGGAAGUUCACGGCGGCACGCAGCAUACGGUUGAAUUUCACAAAUAUUGGGAUUGCAGUCAAGCCUGAGGUGAUUUACCCUCAACAGGAUGUGGUCGUGGUUAAAGAGGGUACGACAGCGGAGCUGAAAUGUAAAGCCUACAUCGGCAUUAGUGAGGAGCACGACACCUACAUGUAUUGGACUGUCGACAACAUUUCGACUGACGAUUUUACGCAGCUCAGUGAUUCCUGGCACUCUCGUUGGGAAAAAGGCAGAGUGUUCGGUUUGUCCACCCUGUCCAUCUCAGAAGUUCACCGUCAGUUCAUCAAUGUCCCCAUUUCCUGCUGCGUACAGACCACUCUUAAACGUAAAUGUGGUGUGGCGAGGCUUCAAGAAGAGGACCACAGUGCGCUCUACACCAGCGUCUCUCUCUGCAUCUCAGCCUCCCUCGCUGUCGCUGCCUUCCUCUUCUUUAAAGUGGAUCUGGUGUUGGCCUACAGGAAAGUCUUGAGACAUUUCUCCAAACAACAAAUUUCAGAUGGGAAGCUUUACGACGCCUAUGUGAGUUUCCUCCAUCCAGACACGCUCACUUCAGAUGUAACGGCAAACUUCGCCCUGCAGAUCCUGCCGAAGGAGAUGGAGAAACACGGCUACUCGCUGUUCAUCAGAGGACGAGACGACUGCCCUGGAGAAGCGGUGCAUGACGUCAUCGCUGCUAUGGUGCGCCGAUGCCACAGGUUGAUUAUCAUCCUGUCACCAGACAUAAGAUCCUCCACUGAGGGCGAAACGGAGGAAGUGGAAACCCUGUGUGACAACCAAACUCAGCUGUGUUAUGAGCAGAAAAUCGGCGUCCACGACGCUCUGACCCGCAACGAGCCCCGAGUCAUUCUGGUGGAAAUCGGCUCGGUGGAUUACAGAUGCCUUCCGGAGUCUCUGCGCUACAUCAAGAGGAAACAAGGAGCUUUGAAGUGGAAGAAACCCUCCCUUAAAACCAACACAUGUAUCAAGUUUCGCUCCAACAGAAACUUCUGGAAGAGUCUGAGGUACAACAUGCCCUCAGUGCCUUCAGGGAAACUCCACACCAUUGUUUAAAUGCCUGUUUCCUGGGAAUACUUAUUUUGACGUAGAAGACAUCCUGGAUCGGUUUGUUAGGUUAGGUUACAUGAUUCAUGUAAACAAACAAGACUGAUAGCCUGGCUCGUUGCACACUGAAUGCAACCCAGAGAGACAUCUGCUGGAUUUCUUCCUGGAUUCAAACUCCUUAAACAAAUCUGCUCAACAUGUUACAGACUUUCAGCUAUGUUCACAUUACUCAACAGUUUACCAGUGUAAUGUACUAUUAUAUUUAUAUGAUGCGUGUUUUGUAUAUAUUCAAGUCAUUAGACAGUCUUUAUUUAAAAAUGUCCUUGUACCUGGACAUGGGCUUAAUGAAGAAGAAGAAAUACACCUUCCAAGAACAGCAUAGCUGUUUCUGUUUUGAGCUUCUUGCAAUGUUUUUCCGUGAAGUUGGUGAAGAUGUUUCUUCAUUUGCUUUGUUUUGGCACAUUUGUGCUGCGGGUUUCUCCUAAUGGAAAUGUUUUGGGCCGUUGUAGUGUGUUGGCACCUGUCAGCCACCUUAGAAAAGGGUUUAUAGACUCAAUGUGUAAUACGUUUUGAAAGGAUGUUUACUCAACACUGAUAUCAACCUGUA